AAAAUUUUUUUUUUUAAUAAUUUUUUUUAGUGAAAAAAAAUAUCAUUUUUGAUUUUUGGUGUAUCACAGACACUGCAUCUGCUAAGAAGUUUGGUUUUGAUUUUGGUUGAUAACGACAACAACAACAACCUAACAACAAACUGACAACCAGGAUAUUUUUCAGAAGAAAAAUUAUCGAUCGGUUUUUUUUCGAUUCUGUUUUUGGCUUGUUGGUUGGAAUUUUUCUAUUUCUGUAGAGUUUUCUUUCAUUUGUCUUGUUUAGUGUUUGUUAAUUUUUGAAAAAAUUCUGAAAAAUGAUUCAAUCAUGUGAUACAUUUGUUGUAUUACCAACGGCCACUCGAACUGGUCAAAUGAUUUUUGGUAAAAAUUCUGAUCGACCAUCCGGUGAAGUACAAGAAAUUGUUUAUAUUCCAAAAAGAAAAUUUGAAAAUAAUUGUAAACAAAGGUGUACCUAUAUUGAAAUUGAUUCAGUUCCGGAAACCAAUUCCGUAAUUUUAAGUAAACCAUCAUGGAUGUGGGGUGCUGAAAUGGGUUCAAAUGAACAUGGUGUUUGUAUUGGUAAUGAAGCAAUUUGGAAUCAAAUAAUCCGAAAAAAUGUUGAUAAUGUUCGUGAAAAAAAAUUACUUGGUAUGGAUUUAGUACGAUUAGGUUUGGAACGUUCACGUACAGCCAAUGAAGCAGUAGAUAUUAUUACAGAAUUAUUGAAAAAAUAUGGACAAGGUGGACCAUGUUCAAAUAUACAAACAAAUUUUUUCUAUCAUAAUGGAUUUCUUAUUGCUGAUCCAUUUGAAGCAUGGAUUAUUGAAACUGUUGAAAAUGAAUUUGUUGCGGAAAAAAUCCAGGGGAAAUAUCGUAAUAUUUCAAAUUGUCUUAGUAUUGGUACACGAAUUGAUCGUAUUAGUGAUGGUAUGAAACAAUUAGCAAUUGAUAAUAAUUUAUGGAAUGGACAAGAUGAAUUUGAUUUUGCUCGAAUAUUCACCGAUCCUGAACAUAAUGAUCGUAAACGUUUUGAAGCAGGAAAAAAUUUCCUAGAAAAUUAUACAAAAGAUGAAAAUUUUGAUAUAAAAUCAAUGAUAAAAAUAUUACGUGAUAAAAAUAGUGGUAUUUGUCGUUCGAAUGAUCAUGAAUAUCCAACAACAUCUAGUCAGGUAUCGAUUAUAUCGAAUAAUAUUAAACAACGACCAUCGAUACAUUGGUUUACCGGAACACCAGAUUCCGAAUAUUCAUAUUAUAAACCAUUUAUAUUUCAUUCAAAAGUCAAAAUAGCAUCGGAAAAAACUAAAUCACCAAAUAGUUUUCCCGAAGAUGAUGAUGUUUCAAUUGAUAAUUCUUCUGAUUUAGAUCGACGACAUUUACUUUAUCGAAAACAUGAAGAAUUUUAUGAAAAAUUAUGUAAAACUGAUCAAGAAUUACAUCAAACAUUAUUAAAAAUUGAAAAUGUUUGUAUUGAUGAAUUGGAAAAAAUGUUUGAAAAUGAUGGCCAUUAUGAUGUUAAUGAUGAUAAUGAUGAAAUUGAUAAUCUUUUUAGUGAUUCAGUUGAAAGUGAAUUAAGAUUUUAUCGAUAAAAAAAAUCGAUCGAUCGAUAUUUUUGAUUACCUGCAAAACA